GGCAAACAGGACUGCAGAGGGAUUAAGAGGAGGAUAAGGUGUCAGAAAGUUCCUGGAGGUGUCCUGCACCAGCUGUUGCACUUCCUGGUGGAGAGGGGGGGCUAGGCGGCCCCCCCCACACCAUGAUGCGGGGGCUCUCUGCAGAAGCCCAUCACACACCAGACCAGCGUAGAAUGCCCCUGAAGGUGAUGAAGAGCUCCUCUGAGCUGCUCCUCCUGUGCGUGCUGACCUCCCUCAGCCCGCUGCUCCCUGCGUGGGCCUUCUCCCAGGGAGCUAAGCCCUCCUCCUGCGUCUCCAUGGAGCCGGGUCACAUCCGGGCCCACCCCCAGGACCCCCGGCACAGCCACGUCGCCCUGCACACCCCCGCGCACGCCUACCGCCCCGGGGACACGCUGCCAGUGGCGGUGAGGAGCAGCAGAGACUUCAUGGGCUUCCUGCUGCAGGCGCGGUCUGUGCGCGAUGACCGCGUGGUCGGCUCCUUCGUCCUGGUCCCGCCCGGCUCUCGCACGCUCGGCUGCGUGGACGCCGGGGACACCGUCACGCACUCCGACAAACUGCUCAAGAGGAACCUGUCCUUCGUCUGGAGGGCCCCGGAUACGCCCCUGGGAGAUGUGCGCUUCCUCAUUACGGUGGUGCAGUCAUACUUUGUGUACUGGGCGCGGAUUGAGUCCGAUGUGGUGCAUGAUGGGACAGAGAACUCGAUCGGAGAUGAGGUGGGAGGAGUCAGAGCCCUGCCUGGACUGUGGGCGGAGCAGGCGAACCAGACAGGCGCAGCGGAGACCAGAGAGAGCCUCAACAGCGCAGGCCAGCAGGGAGAGGGGAACCCCAGCCUCAGUCCCACCCUCCCCACGGUCUCCAGGGGGGGUCCCGCGACCCCAGCCCCGCCCACAGGCCCGGGGAACUUUACUCUGCACCUGGACCACGCCCGAACCAGAGCUAAGAGCCCGAGGCCCAGUGUUGCAGCUCAGCCAUGUCUGCACUGUGCACAGGGAGCACAGGCAGCACAGGGAGCACAGGGAGCACAGGGAGCACAGGCAGCACAGAUCUCAGUCCCACCAGGCCCCGGGGACCCCCCCCAUGUGGAGCCCCCCCAGCAGAGCCCCCUGACGGCCCCAGGCCCACAGACUGAGCCCACCCCCUCCUCUCCUCACCUGGAGCCCUCCCCCGCCCCUCGCCGCUCUCAACUGGACCCGGCGACGCCCCGCGCCCAGCCCCACGGGACGACCCCCCCGCCGACCCCGGCCCUCGGGUCACGGGUGCUGCAGAAGGGCGUGGUCGCGCGGAACCUGUCCCGGGGCGGAGACGCGGGGCUGGCCGGGGAGGGCGGGGCCGGGGGGAAGGGGGCGGGGCCUGCGGGGGGCGUGUCCCACAGGACCGCGCUGGAGCUGGGCGUGCUGCUGGGCUGUGCGUCCGGGCUGGGCAUGGUGCUGGCGGUGGGCCUGCGGUACCUGCACAGCCAGUACUGCCUGAAGCGCACCGCCGUGUCCCUGAGCGAGCGCCAUGGCAACGUGAUCCACCUGCAGGACAGCGGCGAGCUGGUGCAGAUCCGCAAGAUCCGGCAGGACAGCUUUGUCCUGCUGCAGGCCGAGUACAACGUGAUGACCCCGCCGGGGAACUGAGCGCGCGGGAGCGUGCUAACACAUGCUAACACAUACGCUAACACAUGCUAACACAUACGCUAACACACGCACAUACACA